AUGACACGACCAUCCAUCGUCCGUGCCGAUCAUCACGCCCCGUCUGCUCAAGAUCACUCCAAAAGCCCACGUUUAGCCUCCGGUGCCAACUCUCUAGGCCCCCACCAAGCUGAGACUAUUCGCGAGAUCUCACACGACAUUGCAGACGAACAGCGCCGCUCUCCUCGGGUCUCUCUCGAUAACCGUAAUAGCCUCGACGAGAUUGACUCUUUUGCCGACGAGCUUGCCGCAGACUCCUCGGGCCCAAGGACUCGCGCUCAAGGCGCUACCAACAAUAACGAUAGCACAAUGAUCCAGGAAGAUGCAUUGGCAGUUGCGCAGAAUGGCGGCAUGUCGUCAUCGGACGAAGGCGAGCUCGACGGCGACGAUGACCUGGAUGACGACAUGAUGGACAAGAUCUCAAGUUCGCCUUCGAUUGAAGAUGGUGGGUGUAACCCCAUUGCCCCCGGGGCAUGGCCGCGCCGUGUCUCCUCCCUUCCCUCUUCCAUUAGGAGUAGUUCUCCAUUCACCACUGGUUUGAGCUGCGCCAGAGUUCGCUCGCCAUAUCCUGAACCUCUCACAUAUAUUCACAACCCCAACGCAAUGGCGCUGCUGUCACAAGCAUCGCCAGCGCCAUCAACACCAGUUCAGAACCAUCGUCUUCAGGGUGAGUAUGCCGAUUGCGACGAACACGAAAACGAAAACGACGACCGCCACGAUGCCGAAUUCCACGAAGAAGAUAGCUGUGAUACUUUUAACUCGACACUUGAGUUUCACGAUUACGAGGAGGAAACCAAGAUUCAGCAGCAGAAUGUCGCAAAUCAAGAGGAGUGCCCUUCUCCUGAAAGGUCGAGUACUCGAAGCACCAUGAUUGAGUCUAAGGACCAAGACAUAUUCUACGAUUGCGACACAAUGCUAGAUCUUUCCGAUUCGACCGACGACGAUGAAAAUGACGACGCGAGCGACGACUACGACCCCAAUCUCACAGUUCCCUACGAGGAAUCUUUUGAAGACGAUGACUCUGCACUCUCCUUUCCUGACGACCCUGAUUUCGUUGAUUCCGGCUGGGCGGUCGAGUGCUUACAAGAUACAGAGGACAUUGAUUUCGAAUUCGUUUACGCGCUCCACACAUUCGUGGCUACGGUCGAGGGACAGGCGAACGCAACCAAAGGUGACACCAUGGUUCUGCUAGAUGAUAGUAACAGUUAUUGGUGGCUGGUGAGGGUUGUCAAAGACAGUAGUAUUGGAUAUUUACCCGCAGAGCACAUCGAGACCCCAACAGAACGACUUGCUCGUUUGAACAAACACAGAAAUGUGGACUUGUCUGCUGCUAUGUUGGGAGACACGGCGGAGAAGAAGGCACAGACUUUCAAAUCGCCCAUUAGAUUUGGGCGCAAGACAGUCACCUUUACUUCGCCGACCUAUCAUGACUAUACCGAGAUCGACGACUAUUCGAGUGACGAAGAAGAUAUAGAUAAUUUGUUUGCCGGCUCAACCACCAACAUCAAACAAGAACAGCAAAAAGACCAAAAGAAGGAAACCCGAGAUCCCACUAUAUCAAUUGUUGAAGACGAUUCAUCAGAGGAGAGCGCCAGGGUCGAGCCUUUGAAGCCUCGUUUGACAAAAGACGGCAAGGCGGCUACAGAAACUUCAAAGGUUGACACUGUUGAAGAAGAGGAUGAGGGCAGGGACAGUGAGGAGAUGCUGUUUGACAGCAAGGCUGAAGGACCUAGUCGAUCCCGCAAUGGUACUGUCAGAAACACCGACUCUUUCUUUAGAGACGAGACUGUCGAGACCAAGAAGAUCACUCUUACUCCCAAUCUCUUACGAGACGACAACCCGUCCCGGGCAUCCCAAGAUUCGACAAAGGACAGCAAAUCCAGAGCAAGCCUUGAUAAGUUGGACAAGGAGCUUAUGUCUGACAAGGAGAAGAAGAAGAUUCAAGAUAAGGGCCGGAAAGAGAAGGAUAAGAAACCAAGCGCCAUCCGAAGUUUCUUUUCCAGAAAAGACAGAAAGAAGUCGGUGGACGAAGACGAUGAAUCGUUUGGAAAACGGUCAAUUGAUAUCGUAUCUGAGCCUCGGGACAGCGAAUCGAUCGAGGAGGUUGCAUCACCUGAGAGACAACCACAACGAAGCACUAGCAGGCUUCAGAAGCAAAUACCCCGGAAUGAAACCUCGCCUGGAAAGAACGAGCAGUCAUCGACGAUGGAGCUGGCAGCUUACUUAGCUGAGUCGCGAGUUAACGACGUGUCCAACGUACCACCAGCGUCAAUGCGGAUCGUGAACCCCGAGACCAAGGAAACCCACGAAGUACCCUCGAAUACGCAUGUCGCGGGCAACGGCUCCAGAGUGCGGGCCUCCUCAGCUGCUGCGCAGCACGAUGACACGAGAGCGUUGGCGAAGGCACUUGGUCGCAGCUCCAGCACAGGGGACGAGCCCAAGACAACCAAGACAACCAAGCCACGGCCGCUGAUGGAUGUGGAUGAACUGUCUAGUUCUGAUGACGAGAGCGUGUCUCAACCAACCUCUCGAACCACACCUGAGCAGGGCGUUGAGAAGAAAACCGAGGGUGGUUUGCGGCCACAGCUUCCUGGAGCAUUCCCUGAUAGUUUUGACGCAAGUACCAGACAAGUUCCGACAACCGCCGAAGCCGAAGAGCAGCAGAGUCGUCUAUCGGAGUCACCAGUACAUGUCUCGCAUGUUGAUGGAACAAGACCGCCUGCGUUGGAGAUUGAUACGUCUUCUCAAGAGGGCCGGUCAUCAUCUGAAGUACCAUCACCGGAGCUUGGACCUGGAGACAAAACAUCCAAGGAUAGCAGCCCAACAAGGAGCGCCAAGGAGCCUGGCUGGGAUGACGAGAAGCUCCGUGCCUUCUUUGACGACGGCGAGCAUGUCCGAGAUCUCCUCAUGGUCGUUUACGAUAAGACGGACGUUGAACCUGUUGGCAAAGACCAUCCGGUAGUGAGUGGGAUGUUUAGGGAGCAAAACGCAAAGCUAGCGGAGAUUACUACUGGGAAUAUGGAUUGGGGUUUUGGACAUGUCAACGAAGACGGUCCUUUAUGUUAG